AUGCUCGCCGCCGCCGCCGUGCCGCCCCUGCCGCCGCUCCCCCGCUCGUGCGCCUCGUGGAGACGGUGGAUCCCAUCCACUCCUUUCUCCUCCAGGGACGGACCUGGUUGGCGGCGGGGGACGAGUGGAGGGGCGGUGCAUCCGGCGAUGGCACGGCCGCCGAUCCUCUCCGUUGCACUGCCGUCUGACACGGGGCGCGUGCUCAGCAUCCAGUCCCACACCGUCCAGGGCUACGUUGGCAACAAAUCUGCUGUCUUUCCGUUGCAACUCCUUGGUUUUGAUGUGGAUCCGAUAAACUCUGUACAGUUUUCUAAUCAUACAGGAUACCCAAAAUUUAGAGGACAGGUUCUCAAUGGCAAUCAGCUGUGGGAUCUUAUUGAAGGACUGGAGGAAAAUGAAUUAUUGCACUAUACACAUUUGUUAACAGGUUACAUCGGCUCUGUUUCCUUUUUAAAUACAGUGCUACAAGUCGUCGACAAAUUACGAUCGGUCAAUCCUGAUCUUAUAUACGUUUGCGACCCGGUUCUAGGUGAUGAAGGCAAACUAUAUGUUCCUCAGGAUUUAGUAUCUGUUUAUCAGGAGAAGGUUGUCCCAGUUGCUUCAAUGCUUACACCAAACCAAUUUGAAGUUGAACUACUCACAGGAUUAAGAAUUACCUCCGAACAAGAUGGCUUGAAAGCUUGCAAUACCCUGCACAGUGCUGGACCGCGGAAGGUGAUAAUAACUAGUGCACUUAUUGAAGACAAGCUGCUCCUCAUUGGAAGUUACAAAAGAACAGAGGAACAACCGCCGGAACAAUUUAAGAUUGAGAUACCCAAGAUACCUGCAUAUUUCACGGGGACCGGAGAUUUAACAACUGCUCUUCUACUAGGAUGGAGCAAUAAAUACCCUGAUAACCUUGAGAAAGCGGCGGAACUGGCAGUAUCCAGUUUGCAGGCACUCCUAAGAAGGACAGUUGAAGACUAUAAAAGAGCAGGCUUUGACCCAUCAAGCAGCAGCUUAGAGAUCCGAUUAAUACAAAGCCAGGAUGAGAUCAGAAACCCGCAGGUUACGUGCAACGCCGUGAAGUAUAAAUGA